GAUACCUUAUCGUCGCACAGCACCCCCUCCCGAUGCUCAACUGGUCGGAGAAGCGUAUGUCGAGCAGCAAUGAGCUGAGAGACGUCGACAUGUACGUUUACGUGCUGCCCGCUGGACUGCUGGGCCGCUACUUGGGCCGGCCUCUCCGCUUCAGAGUGGAUCGCUUCUCCUUCCUUGUCAAUCGCCGUGAGCGACAGCUGCAGCAGGUGGUGGUGGAGGCGGACUCGUUGAUGCCGCAGUGUGAGGUGCACAUGCCUUCCCGGUUUGAGCGACUGCCGCUGACCUUCUCGGAGGUGGAGCGGCUGAUCCGGCGGACGCGGAGCUACGUGCUGAACGUUUCUCGGUACCCCUUAAUCACCUUCGAUGUGGCAGCGAACACGGAGGACAGUGUGCAGGGGGCGCUUCACUUGCACGGCGAGAGCCACCCGAUUCAGUGCACCAAGGCGGUUGAGGGGGCCGAGCUGGUGGUGCGCUGCCCAGUGAAGAUGAGCGAGUUCCACGUUCCGCCGUUUAAGCUUUGGAUGGGGCUGUUCUCGGAGGCGGACACGGUGGAGGUGGAGACGCGUAUGCCGGCCAAGGUUCUGAAGCUGUAG